GUAUAAUCCAUCUCAGCCUUAACUAUGCCAUUCACAUUACUCUCUUAUCUCUUUCCCCCAAUCCAACAAUGUCGUCCUCUGCAACUUCCGGCGACAUCCUCCACGAUUUCACGCCCAUUCUCCGCCACUACAAAGACGGCCGAAUCGAACGCCUCAUGGGCGCCGCCGCCGUCCCCCCCUCCCUCGACCCCACCACCGGCGUUCAAUCCAAGGACGUCCAGAUCUCACCGGAUCUCCCCCUCUCCGCCCGCCUCUACCUCCCCAAAACCGCCGCCGCACCGGCCACGAAACUCCCCCUCCUCUUCUACUUCCACGGCGGCGCUUUCCUAAUCGAAUCCGCCUUCUCCUCCGUCUACCAGAAGCACCUCAACCUCCUCACGUCGGCAGCCAACGUCGUCGCCGUGUCCGUCGAGUACCGCCUGGCGCCGGAAAAUCCUCUCCCGGCGGCCUUCGACGACGCCUGGACCGCCGUCAAUUGGGCGGCGUCCGACGCCACCGACGACUGGAUCAAACGCCAUGGCGACUUCGGCCGCGUCUACCUCGGCGGAGACAGCGCCGGUGGCAACAUAGCUCACAAUAUCGCCCUCCGAUUCGGCGGCGGGAAUCCCGCCGGAAUAAACCUAGUCGGCAUGUUUCUGAACUGCCCGUUCUUCUCAGGGAAGGAUCCGAUCGGGGAUGAGCGUUCCGACACGGGCGUGUCCGUGAAGAUCUUCACGGACAAGCUGUGGUUCUACGCGUGCCCGGGGCUGACGGGGCUGGACGAGGCGUGGGUGAAUCCGAGCGCCGAUUUGAAGGUGCUGUCGGGGCUGAAGUGCGGGAGAGUGUUGGUGUACACGGCGGGGAAGGACUAUUUGAAGGACAGGGGGCGGCAGUACACGGCGGCGGUGGCGGAGAGUGGGUGGGGCGGCGAGAUUGAGGCGGUGGAGGUGGAGGAAGAAGGGCACGUGUUUAGCGUGCUGGAUCCUGAAGGGGAGGGAGAAUAGCCAGAAGAUGUUUGCUAGAGUGGCUUCUUUCAUUAAUCGGCCAUGAAGUCUUCUGAGUUUAGGCACACACGCCUCGUUAUUGUAAUAAAGUAAUCACUAUGAUUUAUUUUGUCGAAGCUAAUUUGCACGGGUAGAUUCGAUCAAAAAUCUUAACGUUACACGUCAUACAAAAAAAAAUAAACAAAAAAUAGCAAACCAUAAAAAUAAAUAAAUAACGUAAGCGGCUAUAUGUUAGUGUUAUGUUGGGAUCUGGAUGGGAGAGAUUGUGUAAAUCAGCACCCAAUUAAAGCUCUUAACGAGUAGAAUGGAACCAAAUUUUAAGGAUUCA